GAUUUACCCAACUCGAUGCCGUUUCUGCUCUGUAGAAACGACGUGCAGUUCCUGACUCCCUUUGACCGUGUCUCUGCCGUGCUCUCUCCUUCAACAGCAGUCUUGUCACGGAAGCAUUGCCCAGAUUUCGCAAUUUGCAUUUGCUCUUCAGUCGAAGGAAGAUUAGGGUUUUGUAGAAUCUGAUUAUGGAGGACCGGGAAGAUCUGAAGUCGAUUUUGCCGUUCCUGCCGCUUCUGAUCCGUUCCUCUUCGCUGUAUUGGCCGGCGCGUGUGGUGGAGGCGCUGAAGGCCAUGUCCGAAGGACCGAGCCGCAGCCGAGUUGACUCGGGAGAGGUCCUUUGGCUCGCCAUUUCCGACAUGAGGCAAUCUCUGUCCUUUUCCUCUCGCUUUGUCGCGCCUUCUGCUUCUCAUGGCUACGCCCUUUUCUUCGACGAACUGCUACCUAGGAAAGAGUCAAAUAAAUGGCUCAACGAGAUUAUCCCGAAAUUGGCAAAAUUACUCCUUCAGUUCACAUCUCUGUUAGAGAUGCAUUAUCAAAAUGCAGGUAAACUUUUUGGUGGAAUCGAAACAGGUCUCCGCUUGUUAGGUUCCGAACAAACCGGCAUAGUUUUUCUCAGCCAGGAGUUGAUUGGAUGUCUUCUUGCUUGCUCUUUGUUUUGUUUGUUUCCGGAUGCUAAUAGAGAUGCAGAAAAUCUCCCAGGCAUCAACUUUGAUCAUUUGUUUGCAAGCCUUUAUGAAAAUUACAGCGAAAAUCAAGAAAGCAAGAUAAGAUGCAUUAUGUGUUAUUUUGAAAGGGUGUUUUCUUGCAUGCCUACGGGCUUCGUUUCAUUCGAACGCAAGGUUAUUCCGGCCGAAUACUGUUAUUCCUCUGCCACAUCGCCUGAGGCUGAUUUUUGGAGCAAGUCUGCCCUCCCCCUUUGUGCAUUUAAGGUUCACACUUCUGGGUUAAUAGAAGAUCAACCUGAUGAUGCUCUUGAAGUGGAUUUCGCAAACAAGUAUCUCGGAGGUGGUGCCCUUAGUAGGGGAUGCGUGCAGGAAGAGAUACGCUUCAUGAUCAACCCCGAAUUAAUCGCAGGCAUGUUUUUCUUGACAUGCAUGGAUGAUAAUGAAGCCAUAGAAAUAGUUGGGGCAGAAAGAUUUUCAUGUUACACAGGAUAUGCAUCUUCAUUUCGGUUUGCUGGUGAAUACAUUGACAGAAAGCCUAUGGACCCCUUUGGAAGGCGAAGAACCAGAAUUGUGGCGAUAGAUGCACUAUAUGGCCCAAAGAUGAGACACUUCAAGCAUGGAUGCCUUUUGCGGGAAAGUAAUAAAGCUCUCUGUGGCUUUCUGCAUGGAUGCAAGUAUUCACAGUUCCAGAGUUUCAAAGAGAAUGGAUCUCAGGAAAUGCAACUUGCAAGAAAUGACAAUGAUCCUGACUGUCUAUGUAUGGAAACUUCUUCGUCUCAUGAAACUCCAUCAGUUUAUGUUGAGACGAGUAAAGAAAAGCUUGCAAACAAGAUUGGAAGAGAUUCUCAUGUGGAAGGACAUCAAUGUAUGGACCAUGAAGAUACAAUUGGUAUUGCAACUGGGAACUGGGGCUGUGGUGCUUUUGGGGGAGACCCCGAACUUAAGGCUAUGAUCCAAUGGCUUGCUGCUUCCCAGGCAAGGAGACCUUACAUAUCAUAUUACACGUUUGGAGUGGAGGCUCUCAGAAAACUAGAUCAGGUAACUGAGUGGAUUCUUUCCCAUGAAUGGGCUGUUGGAGAUCUAUGGAACAUGAUGCUGGAAUAUACGACUCAAAGGCUCAACAGAGAGACCGACCUCGGUUUCUUUUCUUGGCUUCUUCCAUGGCUAACAACCACGGUGACACCGCCACACCAUCUGAAUCCCCAAAUCCGUCUUGACCAGUGACAUUUUCAGCCCUAAUGUUGUGCGCUACACUUCUCGAUGGUGUAUUUAUGCAUAUGUGCACUGAAUCUGUAGAAAUAUAGUUGCCGUAUAUAAGCAUGAAACAGUUCCAUUUUGACCAGUCCUCGGUCAUGAGCCAUUGGCAUUCCCCCAGAAGUGUUAGACUUAUCCUUAUUUCAGGAACUUUUUUUUUUACAAAAGCAAAACUUUGUUCCUUGUGCUUCUCAGUUAUAAUCUGUUGAAACUACGAAGUUAUGUUGGAAUUC